AGGUAUUCAAAUGCAUACCUCCUACCUAGACUUUAUGCAUAACUAGCCCAAAUACUUUUUACUACCUUACCGCCCCGCUCCCGUCUUUCAGCCUUGCCCGACGACUAAUAAGCUCCUAUACUAUACCUAUUUACUAUUUAUUACCCUAACAUCGUUGAUCGAAAUACCGUGGCGGUGGCGGUGGCAGCGGCCGUGCGGUCUUAGUUUACGCAACGUCAUCGCUGUCUGUCAAGCCGUGAUCUUAGCUGCUUCGGUAGAAGUAGUUUCAUAUCAAAUAUCAAACUUAUGUACCUACACAUGAAUUAAACCGUCCGUAUACGAUCCGAUAUAUCAGACAUUUCACAAUGUAUCUCUCCCUCCUCCCCCUCCAUCUCCUCCCCCUCCCUCUCCUCUCCCUCCUCCUAGCCCCCUCCUCCUCCUCCGCAGCCGCCGCCGCCUCCGCCGCGCCGCCAAACGCCAUCCUCCUCUCGGACGUGCAAUCCCUGACGCUCCGGGGCCACGGCGCGCUCACGACGCACAGACGGGUGCCCGCGAUCCCGCAGCUGCGGUGCGUCUCGGCCCCGGCCCUGUGCGCGCUGCACCCGGUGGACGUGAUGCGCUGCGCGAACCACGGCGCCGCCUACGACGCCCACGACGUCCAGUGGUCCUGCACCGCCUCCCUGCCCCCCGAGCUCAAGCUCGCCAGCACCGACGUCGUCUGCGAAGGCUACUCGUCCCCCGACGACCCCUACGUGCUCAAGGGCAGCUGCGGCGUCGAGUACCGCCUGCUCCUCACCGAGGCCGGCGAGGCCAGGUUCCCCGAUGUGGCUGUUGCUGCUGCGGGCGCGCCGGAGGGAGCGCCGUGGAGUAACACUGCUGCUGUUUUGUUCGGCGUGGUGUUCGCGGCUGUCUGCAUGAUUAUUAUUUACAGCGCCUGCGUAAACGCUAGGGAUAACCUUAAUGCCCCGCGACGACCGAGAGAUAACCGUUGGGGAGGUGGUGGUGGUGGUGGCUUCGAUCCUGGCUUCGGACCCGGAGGCGGUGGGAAUGACCCGUAUGAUCCGCCGCCGCCUUAUCCUGGACCGAAAUAUUCGUCUGCCGCAAGAGAGCAAGGUUGGCGCCCUGGAUUCUGGACCGGUGCUGCAACUGGGCUUGCGGCGGGAUAUGCAGCCGGAAGUCGACGGUCUGGCCAAGAAAGGAGCGGGUCAAGUUAUGAAUCAAGAGCAGGACCAUCUAGUUCGUCGGUAUCUUCUGCUAGAUACGAAGGUACAGGAUUUGGAUCAACAAGUCGACGAUAAUUGAUGUAGAAUAACAACACGAAUCACCACCGGGUCUUACGCAGAAUAUGAAAGCCUUUGCAAAUUGUCAGGUCACUUAUUAAGUCUCUAUUUGUUUGCAGUUGCUAUCCUGUGUUGUAGCUCCUCGCGCAACGCGAAUGGUGUGUUAGGUUAGGUAGCUAUACACUCGAUGAGCCACCAAUCCCCCUUGUGCAGCGCAAACUAAAGCCUCAUCCUUCACUGGCAAAAUAGGUUGGGCCCGAGUUUUCGAAACCCUUAAAUA